AUGCCGUUGAAAAACACAGUAGUUUCGGAGCUAAAAAAUUGCAAGUUCUCUAUACAACUUGAUGAAUCUGUUUUUGGCGUUUCUGCUAUUCUUAUGGCGUAUGUUAGAUAUUUCAGUAAAAUUAAAGGAGAAGUCAUUGAUGAAUUUUUAUUUGCUAAAUAUCUUGAAACCGAUGGGAAGGGAGUGACAAUUUUUAGAUGUUUACAAGAAUAUUUAAAUAAAUAUGACAUUCCGCUUGAAAAUAUAAUAGCAGUAGCCACAGAUGGCGCACCUUCUAUGGUAGGGCGUUACCGAGGUUUUGCUACAUGCCUCAAAGAAAAAGUGCCCGGUAUUCGUACUAUUCAUUGUGUGUUGCAUAGACACAACUUAGUAGCAAAAUAUCUGAGUUCAGAGUUACAUGAAGCUUUACAGUUUUGUAUUAAAUCUAUUAAUCAAAUUAAAGCUCAACCUCUUAAAUCAAGAUUAUUUGCCAAACUUUGUGAGGAAAACAAUGAGUUAUUUAACCAAUUACUUCUGCACACCGAGGUUAGAUGGUUGUCUAGAGGUGUAUGCUUGCAACGGCUCGUCAAUUUAUUUGACUCCACGACAGAAUUUCUGAACGAAAUAAAUCCUGUUCUAAGCAAUGAACUCCAAAACAAUAAGAACCAUAUUUUUUAUUUAGCAGACUUAUUUGGAAAAUUUAAUGACGUUCAAACAAAACUGCAAGGAAAAGAUGUAACAAUUAUCCAAGCUCGGACAAUACUGUUAGGCUUCCAAGUAAAAUUAAAUUUAUUUAGAUCUUCAUUGCUACGUAAGGAUUAUAAGUAUUUUUCAAAUCUGCAACAAUUAAAA